CUGCUUGAUGCAUUAAUUGGGUGGGGGGGCUUUCCUCUUUUUCUUUUUCUUUUCCUUUUCUUUUUCUUUUUCUUUUUCUUUUUCCUUUUCCUUUUAUUUUUGGCUUUUGCUUAAUUUUAUUUUGCUUGUUACAUUUUACUUUAUCUAUUCAAUGUCACCACAAAUUCCAUUUCCCUUACGAGAGACAAAAGUUGAAGAAAAUCAAUCCUUUCGACCUAAUCUGAACAUUACAUUAAUUUGCCCUGAUUGUAGAGUGAAACCCCCACAUAUACUGGAAGAAUUUGCAUCCGGAGAUUUGGUUUGUGGUGAUUGUGGUCUUGUAUUGGGUGACCGUAUUAUUGAUACUCGUUCGGAAUGGAGAACAUUUGCUAAUGAUGAGGGUGAUGAUCCUUCCCGUGUCGGUGCCGCAGCUAAUCCAUUAUUGGAUGGGGACCAAUUAGAUACAAUUAUUUCUCGUAAAGACGGAGGAUCAGGAGUCGCUAGAGAUUUGAAUAAAACACAAGCAAAGGCAACAGGACAAAAGGCAGAACGUAAUCUCGCUCAAGCUUAUAAAGAAAUCCAAGCAAUGUGUGAUUCCAUCUCUCUUUCAAAGAUUGUAUGUGAUACUGCUAAACAACUCUAUAAACGAGUAGAGGAUGAAAGAUUGUUGAGAGGUAAAUCAAAUGAUGCCAUCAUCGCUGCCUGCAUUAGUAUAGCAUGUCGACAAGAACGAGUUGCUCGAACAUUUCGAGAAAUCUGUGCCCUAACUCGGGUCCCCAAAAGAGAAAUUGGUCGUUGCUGUAAUGUAUUAAAGGCCAAGUUACAAACAAAUACAUCCGUGAUGAAUUCCGAAGAUUUGAUGUCUCGCUUUUGUUCUAAUUUACAAUUACCUAAUUAUGUACAAAAAUCAGGUAUUGAUCUUGUACGUAAAGCAAAGGAAUUAGGUACGCUUGCAGGAAAGUCGCCUAUAUCAAUUGCUGCUGCUUGCAUCUACCUUGUAUCGUAUCUUUUUAAAAAUCCAAGAUCAACAAGAGAUAUCGCUAAUGUUGCAGGUGUUUCGGAAGCAACAAUUAAAAGUGCUUACAAAUCUUUAUAUACAGAAAAGGAAAAAUUAAUUGACUUGGAAAAGUUGAAGGAUAAGCCAAAUUGGGAUAACCUAAGUUUUGAUGAAUUGGUUUUACCUUAAAUUUUGUAUGCAUCAUGAUGACUUGUGCUUUGAUGUCAUGUAUAAAGAAAACUCCGUAUUAAAAAAAAAAAGAACCAAAGAUAUACUUUCCUUAUGCUACUAGAAAAAAAAAAGGCCCUCCCUUAUUUCUUCUUCUUCUUUUUUUUUUUAAAUAUAUUUUAUAUUUUAUUUUU